AUGGCCCUGACCAAUGCUGUUUGUUGCAACUGUAAGGAAGAGGAGUUUAUUGCCACCUUAAAUAAAACGGUUUGUUGUGCAGCUGAAGAAGCCCAAGGCUACAUCAAGCUAAUGGCCGUGGUGAGAGGAGCAGGUCUUACCUUAGUAACUGAAACUUCGAGGGUCUACAUGAGAGAAGUUUUAACAGAGUCCUCCAGCAGGCCGGAGGUGGCGAGCAUCGAGCCGGUGGGGCAGGACGAGCGGCAGUGCUCGCAGAAGGCUGUUGUCCAGGCACGGUCCUUACAGCCCACACGGCUCACAAGUAUCAUCUUUGCUGAAGAUAUAACAACUGGACAAGUGCUUCGUUGUGAUGCUAUAGUUGAUACCAUUCAUGAGAUCCAGAUUGUGUCUACCACAAGAGAACUCUAUCUUGAAGAUUCACCACUGGAGCUCAAAAUUCAGGCUUUGGAUUCUGAAGGGAACACUUUCAGCACCCUGGCAGGGCUGGUGUUUGACUGGACAAUAGUGAAAGAUCCAGAGGCUGAUAGCUUCUCAGACUCCCACAAUGCUUUACGUAUACUCACGUUCUCAGAAUCCACUUAUAUCCCACCUUCCUAUAUAUUGGAGAUGGAAAAAGUUGCCAAGCAGGGAGAUACCAUUCUAGUGUCUGGGAUGAAAACAGGGAGCUCCAAAUUAAAAGCAAGAAUACAGGAAGGCAUCUAUAAGCAUGUGCAUCCUGCAGAAGUCAGAUUGCUUAUUUUGGAAAAUAUCCUUUUAAAUCCAGCAUAUGAUGUUUAUCUUCUGGUGGGAACAUCGAUUCGGUACAGAGUUCAGAAAAUGAGGCAAGGGAGGAUCACAGAAAUUGCGAUGCCAUCUGAUCAGUAUGAGCUGCAGCUCCAGAACAACGUCCUGGGCCCCGAGGGAGAUCUGUCAUGGCCAGUUGCCAAGUUGGACCAGGCAACAUCCAUUGUAACUGCAUUGCAGCAGGGGCACACUAACCUCAUCCUUGGGCACAAGAGUAUCCGCAUGCAGGGCGUUUCCAGGCUGCCCAACAGCACUGUCCAUGUGGUCAGUCCUGGCUAUUUAGGAUUUACAGUUCAUCCAGGUGACAGAUGGGUCCUAGAAACAGGCAGACUUUAUGAAAUUGCAAUUGAUGUCUAUGAUAAAUCAAGCAAUAAGGUGUAUUUAUCUGAUAACAUCAGAAUUCAGGCAGAGCUGUCCAAAGAAUAUUUUGAGGUGUUGCAGUCAUCUCUGAAUGGAUCAUACUAUUAUGUGAAGGCAAUAAAGAGGGGUCAGACUGUUAUUGAUGCUGCACUGACAUCAGUGGUCGAUCAGGAUGGAGGUGUUCAUACGUUACCAGUUCCAGUGAGAAACCAGCAGGAUGUGGAAAUCCAUGUUCCCAUAGUCCUGUCCCCCAGCAUUUUGACAUUUCCUUGGCAGCCACAAGCAGGAGUCUACCAGUACACCAUCCAGGCUCAUGGUGGAAGUGGCAAUUACAGCUGGUCCUGUUCUAACCAGGCUGUUGCUACAGUGACAGUCAAAGGAGUCAUGAAAACUGGAAGUGAUACUGGGAUCAGUGUUAUUCAGGCAACUGAUGUUCAGAAUCCAUUGCAUUAUGGAGAAAUGAAGGUAUAUGUAACUGAACCCAGUGGGAUGGAGUUUACAGCAUGUCAAGUUGAGACCCGUGUUGGCCAAAUCCUGGAGCUGCCCCUGAGGAUCAAUGGCAUAACAAACGUGGAGACAGGCGAGACAGUCCCUCUGAGCGACUGCUCACGCUUUGAUCUGGCUGUGAAAGUGGAAAACCGUGAGGUGUUCAGGCCACUUCAAGGAAAACUUAAGCCAACUGCUGAUUUCUGUAGUGGAGUGCGAGUGAAAGCUGAAGCUCAGGGAUACACAGCACUGAUUGUUAGCUACACCCAUGGGCAUGUCCACCUCAAAGCCAGCAUCACCAUCGCUGCGUAUCUACCAUUAAAGGCUGUCGAUCCACCCUCUGUUGCUUUAGUGACUUUGGGCUCAUCUAAAGAUAUGUUGUUUGAAGGAGGGCCUGGACCAUGGGUCCAAGAACCUUCGAAGUUCUUCAGGAACAUCACUGCUAAGGAUGCAGAAAGCAUUGGCCUGUCUUUACUUGGAUCUUCUACAUCUCGAAAUAACAACCAGCACUGGGUCAGAGUGUCUUGCAGAAGCCUGGGAGAGCAAGUCAUUGCCUUAACAGUUGGGAACAGCCCCACAGUCACCAACCCCUUCCCGGCGGUCGAACCUGCUGCAGUCAAGUUCAUCUGUGCUGUCCCUUCCCGACUCACUCUGACGCCUGUUUAUGGCAGUCCUCAGCUGGAUCUCUCCUGCCCUUUGCUGAAACAAAACAAGCAAGUGGUUCCUGUGUCAAAUUAUAGCCAUCCAGUACUGGAUUUGGCUGCCUAUGACCAAGAAGGCAAUAGAUUUGAUAACUUCAGCUCUCUUAGUGUUGUCUGGGAGUCUACAAAAAUGUCCUUAGCACAUAUUGAGCCUGAGAUGCCAAUGGAACUGACUCCGAAGGAAGAUGGGAAUGGCCAGAAGAAAAUGCACGGCUUGCAAACUGUUCAAGUUCACCAGGAGUCUGGAACAGCUGUCAUCUCUGCAACUGCCACUGGAUACCAGCAAUCCCACCUCAGGGCAGCUAACGCCAAACCACCGUAUGAACGUCUAGUACCAGUAUCUGCCACCAUUGAACUGAUGCGCAUGGAGGACGUAACAGUGAGCCCAACUGAUGUCUCCAUUUACAACCACCCUGAUGUACAGGCAGAACUGUCCAUCAAAGAAGGUUCUGGAUAUUUUUACAUUAAUACCAGUGUUGCAAAUGUCGUGAGAGUGACUCAUGAGGAAACUCAAGGUGUUGCUUUGGUGCAGCCUCUGCUCCCAGGAUCAGUGACUGUAAUGAUUCAUGACUUGUGCUUGGCUUUCCCUGCACCAGCUAAAGCUGAAAUUUAUGUAUCUGAUCUCCAGGAACUGUAUGUCCGAGUUGUUGACAAGGUGGAGAUUGGAAAAACAGUGAAGGCUUAUGUCAGAGUUCUGGAUGACUCUAAAAAACCUUUCCUGGCAAAAUACUUUGCUCUCAUGGAUCUCAAACUAAGGGCAGCAUCUCAGAUUGUCUCACUUGUCCCCCUCAGGGAAGCUUUGGAUGACCACACUGCUGCUUUCCUCGUGCAUGGGAUGGCCAUUGGGCACACAACUCUUACGGCAACUGUGGCUGACAAAAGAGGACAAAGAAUCAACUCUGCUCCACAGCAGAUUGAGGUCUUUCCCCCAUUUAGACUUCUGCCAAGGAAAGUGACCCUAAUUAUUGGGGCGAUGAUUCAGAUCACUUCUGAAGGAGGCCCUCAGCCUCAGUCCAACAUCAUCUUCUCCAUCAGCGAUGAGCACAUCGCCUCGGUGAACAGCACUGGGCUGCUCACAGGAGUGGCCAUUGGGAAUGGCACAGUUACAGGAGUCGUGCAGGCUGUUGAUGCAGAGACAGGGAAGCUUGUGGUGGUGUCUCAGGACAAAGUGGAAGUUGAAGUGGUCCAGCUGACAGCUGUCAGGAUUCGAGCACCCAUUACACGAAUGAAAACUGGUACACAGAUGCCAGUUUAUGUCAUGGGCAUCACCAGCAGUCAGACUCCUUUCUCCUUUGGCAAUGCUGUACCAGGAUUAACGUUCCACUGGUCUGUCACAAAGAGGGACACUCUGGAUAUCAAGACAAGACACAGUGAGGCUUCUUUUCAGCUUCCUGCAAAAUAUAACUUUGCAAUGGAUGUUUAUGGCAGAGUAGAGGGAAGAACAGGUCUGAAAGUUGUUGUGAAGGUCCUUGAUCCUGCAGCCAGCCAGUUCUACAACAUGGCCAGAGAACUGUCUGAUGAAAUCCAGAUUCAGGUGUUUGAAAAACUUCAUCUAGUCACUCCAGAAGUGGAAGCAGAGCAGAUCUUAAUGUCACCAAAUUCCUUUAUCAAACUUCAGACAAACAGGGACCGAGUGGCUUUCCUGAGUUACCGUGUCCUGGAUGGACCAGACAAAGUUCCUGUUGUGAAAAUUGAUGAGAGAGGUUUCCUGAACUCUGGGUCUUUGACAGGCUCAUCAACCAUUGAAGUGAUCUCCCAAGAGUCCUUUGGGAUCAACCAGACGAUCAUAGCUGCUGUUAAGGUCUACCCCAUCUCAUACCUGAGGAUCUCCAUGAGUCCCAUUCUGCUGACACAGAGCAAAGAGGUGUUGCUGGCUCUGCCCCUGGGUGUGACACUGACGUUCACAGUGCAUUUUCACGAUAACUCUGGAGAUACUUUUCAUUCGCAUAAUUCUGUGCUCAACUUUGCAACUAACAGAGAUGACUUUGUACAGAUUGGGAAAGGAGACACAAACAACACCUUUGUAGUCCAGACUGUAAACGUGGGCCUGACCUUGCUUAAAGUCUGGGAUGCAGAGCACAGUGGAAUUGCAGACUACAUCCCACUUCCUGUGCAGCAUGCCAUUUUCCCUGACCUCACAGAUGUGGUGGUGGGGGAUGUCCUCUGUCUGAGCACCUCACUGACACCUCAGGAAGGCCUGCAGGGUGUGUGGAGCUCCUCAAGUGCUGUCCUUCACGUGGACUCCAAGACUGGUGUGGCCCUGGCCAGGGACUCCGGGGUGGUCACUGUCUACUACGAGAUUCCUGGGCUGCUGAAAACAUACAGAGAGAUAUUGAUUAAUGCACCUCAGAGGACCACAGCAGUGCAUGUCAAGGGGGCAAAAACAAGCUUACAGGGAGUCGCAGCCUCAAAAGUAAUAGUUUCAGUUGGGGAAAAAAAUAAAAAUUUGAAAGGGGAGUGCUUGCCUGCCCAGACUGAAGCCAUUGCUGAGUUGCGGCCACAGUCCAUCAUCAGUUGCCACGUAGAUUUUAACAGUGAUGUGUUUGACUUCCCAGCACAGGAUAUUUUUAUAGCAGAACCUGGUUUUGAUGCAGUUUCAGGACAUUACACCUGUUCCAUCACCAUGCACAGGCUCACUGAUGAGCAGCUGAAGCACCUGAGCAUGAGCCGAAGGGCGCUGAGAGUGACGGCUGCAGUGCAGGGCAGCCACUUCUCUGGGGAGCAGAUCAGUGCUGAGGUGUCAUUCAAUCCUGGCUUUUAUGCUGAUCAGGCAGAAAUACUUUUAAGCAACCAUUACACCAGCUCAGAUGUGAAAAUAUUUGGUGCCACUGAAAUUCUGGAUACCCUGGAGGUGAAAUGUGGAUCACCAACAGUGAAGGCAUUUCAGAAAGAGAAGUCCUAUGGACUGCCCAGUUAUGUAGUCUAUACUGUUAGUCUGGCUGAUCCCAGAGUUUCCAGCCAGAGUUCCAUGUCCACCACUCUCACUGUCUCCAGUCCCAUGACUGACCAAUCUAUUACCAUCCCAGUGACUGUGAUUUACACAACUGACAGAACCACUGUACCAGUGAGACAUGAAGCCACUCUAUUCCAGCACUUUGUGGAUUCCUACCGCGUGAUGUUCUUCACACUUUUUGCACUAUUGGCAGGGACAGCUGUGAUGAUCAUAGCCUAUCAUGCAGUGUUCUCGCCCAAAGGACAGCACAGCCACCCAGUCUUCAGCCCAAGGACAGAUCCUCAGCACACCCUUAACAGUUUCUCGCUAUCACCUGUACAUUGCCCCAGCUCUCAGUCCUCGGGCAGGACGACGCGCUCAUCACCCACACUCUGGAGCACCAGUUAUGGCUCUCGUUAG